CACAUUUCAAAUGUCUGUAAUAGAAUAAAUGUGGCAAAAACGAAUGUAGUCAUUAAUAAAUGAAUUUCUGUAGCUUCCAAAGUAUUUUUUACAACGGUGGGAGAGUGUCAAGAUGUCGGCACGGUGGCUUCAACACGGAGACCCCUAAAGUAAUCUAGUGUAUAUAUAGAUCAAUGGGUAACUUGCUCUCCUGUAGAUCUUAAAUAAUUGGAUUGGGAAACUUGCCAGCCAACCAGAAAAGCAAGGCAAGGCAAAGCAAUUCAGGCAUUCUUGAAAGUUAGAAAAACCCUUGUCCUAAAAAUAAACUUAAUUUUUAUAGUUGAAAAAAUGGAUUUUGCAGGCAGUAGGCAUUUACAAUGGAAAUGUGGAGUUUUAUAUAUAGUUACGUGAUGACAUCACGUGCCCAGCGUACCUUCAAACUGAUCCUGCUAUAAUUUAUUAGAAAAACACUUUCCAUCAUAAUUUCUCGUAGUAAAGAAAGUUUUUGCAAAAUAAAAAUCUACCCCUGUCGAACAGAUACAAAUGUUGAUGUUUAGAAAAGUUCUCCUAGAUCUGUCGUUUCCAUUGCAUGUCGCAAUUAUAUUUUUUUGCAACAUUGCUUUUGUCGAAUAAACCUGGGUCAAUGGAAACCUGCCUACUGUCGCCAAAACUAAAUAUUUCACUUCAUUGUGUGUGUGUACGUGCUAUCACACCCACAGAUAAAGCACCGUAUAUGGAUCCCCACAUCAGUGUUAAAGACGAACCCACUAGUGAUGAUGAAGUUACACACAGCUGGUGCCACCCUGUCCAGCCCUCACAAAUGGACUACAGUCGUCAAGGUGCUGUUGACAAGUCUGAGUUGGAACCAGAUGACCUUCCAGGCCUCAGUGAGGCAAGAGAACCAACAUUCAAUGUGAUUGUCAAAGAGGAGGAGGAAGAGGAGGAGGAGGAGGAGGAUGACAUGGUUGACCGAGGUUCAGACUCAGACUACACACCAAGUCCCACUGUGGUAGUGAAGGUGGGAGAACUCAAACCACCAACGAAUAAGAACAAGAACACAGUAAAGAAACUUCACCAGUGCCCCGACUGUGGCAAAACCUUUGAGAGGCUGUCGCGUCUGAAGAGGCACGAGCCGUCACACUUGAGGAAGAGCAAGCACCCGUGCCCUGACUGCCACCAGUCUUUUCGUAGCCUCUCAGACCUGAAGAAACACAGGGCAACACACAAGAGCACCGAGAAGCUGACUCACCAGUGUCCACAAUGUGGCAAGACGUUUGAGAAGCUAUCGCGCCUCAGAAGGCACCAGCCCGUACACCAGAGGAGAAAGAGGAUGGACCACCCGUGUCCUAAAUGUGGCAAGACCUUCAAGAAGUUAUCCGGCCUGGUUCGGCACGAGCGAGGACACACCGGAGAGAAACCGUUCCCCUGCUCCCAGUGCGGGAAGAGCUUUGCAGACGACCGUCACCGGAAAGUCCACGAGCUGGCGCACCAAGGGAAGUUGGAGAGACCCCACCGUUGCGCUGACUGCGGGAUCUGCUUCCCCAAACCGUCCGAGCUUCGACGGCACCAACGCGCGCACACGGGAGAGAAACCGCACUGCUGCCCCGACUGCGGGAAGACCUAUUCCCGGUCAGAGACUCUCAAGAGGCACCUUCUCAUCCACACUGGAGAGAGACCUCACCUCUGCACGGAUUGUGGGAAAAGCUUCAUCGACUCGCAGCAGUUGAAAUCCCACCAGCGGAUUCACACAGGAGAGAAACCAUUCCACUGCCCCGUGUGCGGGAAGGGUUUCUCACAGAGGGGUAACAUGAGGGCACACCAUCGGACUCACACGGGGGAGAAACUUCACCACUGUGCCGACUGCGGGGCCAGUCUCUCCACAUCUUCUAGUUUAAAAGAGCAUCAGCUCAUUCACACAGGAGAGAGGCCCUUCCAGUGUCUGGUCUGUGGCAAACGCUUUCUGCACAUCUGGAGACUCAGAAAACACCAGAAGACACACUGGACACACACACCGGACUAAUACACACUGGACACACACACCGGACUAAUACACACUGGACACACACACCGGACUAAUACACACUGGACACACACACAUAAGGAAAAAGUCUCUGUAUGCUUUGAAAAGAGCAGCAACUGUAGUGUUAUACUACUACUAAUAUUAAUACUACUACUACUACUAAUAUUAAUACUACUACUACUAUUUUAAUAAUAUUAAUACUACUACUAGGAUUGUUGGUUCAAUUCCUGGGACCACCCCAUACGUAAAUGUGUGCAUGCAUGACUGUAAGUUGCUUUGGAUAAAAGCGUCUGCUAAAUGGCAUUUUAUUAUUAUUAUUAUUAUUAUUAUUAUUAUUAUAUUACUAAUCUCAGCAAUCUAGAACCAACACAGUCAUUUAAUUCACUUGUAUAGUUUAUAGUAAGGAUCUGCUUGUGAGUAUUCAGAGGGGUAUACUACGAAGCAGGAUCAAUGAAUUAGCCAGCUAACUUUUAUAAUAUAAUAAUAAUAUG